AUGGCUCAUCAUUAAGAAUAGGUAUUUGGAGAAUUAGAGGAUUGUUAUCAGGCCUUUGUGCCAAAAAAAUCAAAAAGUAAAUAGGUACCUGAAGCGAAUGAUUUUAUGGAAUUAUAUCAUUUGACAGUAGAAUAAAUUGAUUUAGAGUCUAAGGAUAUUGUGGAUAAGAAGUUUCUGAAAUUAUCAAACUCAAUUUUAUAAUGGAUUGAAGAAGAAUUGAAGAACACAACAUUUUAAAUUUUAGAAUUGCAUAGUCUAAACUAGCAACAUCAUUAUGUGCAAAUCAAGUUUGGUUUCCUUUUAGUAGAUCAAGCCAAUCUAUAUUCAGUGUAUUCCUUCUACAGUUCUCUUGUGAAGAAAAAAGAGAGCCAUCCAAUAUUGAAUUCCGAUUGUGUUGAAUUUACAAUGGAAGGCGGGAGAGUAAUUGAUCAUUCACUCAGCUUUGAAUUAUUCGAUAAAAUAGACUAUAGUUUACCAGACUUAUUAAAUUACGUUUUGAUUCAUUGUGCUAAACAAUUCAAAUCAAAUGUGAGAGCACACACAUCAAUAUUUUUGAUUUCCAAAUAUUUUGUCUCUGAAGAACUCAGCGAUUUAAAAAAGGCUUUGUUAGAAGAGAUUAAACUUCGAUAUCCAAACACAAUUGGCAAUAUCAUAUUUGUUUUACCUCUGUAAUCUACAGCCACAGAGAAUUACGAAAUUACAAAAAUCUAUAGUUUCAGCGAUCCCAAAAAGAUGUUUAUACACCUAUUGAUAAAGCUGAUAUCCAAUCCUCAAAUUCCUUUGCUGUCUCAAGAGAUAUAUUCUUUAUGGGAAAAAGACUUCAAGAUCUACACCAUGAAUUAUCAAUAAUAACUCUUUAAAAUUAAACAAGCCUACUUCCUCAUGUAUCAAACUUUACACUUCAUGACAUCCUACAACAAGAAGAAUACAACCAUGAAGGAAUUGCUUGACACUUUGAAGAAUUAGCCCAAUAACAACAUAGUAUACAAGCAGUAUUUAUAAAAAAGAAAACAACUGAGUGAUGCCAUCCUUGUGUUUAGUAAAUACAUUGAGUAAUUGAAGUCAGAAAACCAAUAAGACAUCAAGGAUUUUAAGCAGAAACUCUUUGGAUUAUUAUGUUCCAAUCAGGCCAGCAAAUGGUUCACAUUAAGUCACGAUUGCAAACUGAAUAAAGCUAAACAACUGUUCAAAGAUCUUUUAUCAAUAGGGAAUGAGCAGAACAUUGAUUAAGCCAUUUUAGUAUACUUAGAAAAUGACAAUUACGACAACUAGUAAGUGAAGAAACAAAAUGAUCGAUUCACAUAAUUGACUAAGGACAACGAAAAGGUGAAAUUUGAAGAUUACGUUAAUUAAUUCUUAAAUAAAUACAUUGUGACGAUAAUAAAUGAUAUUAAGAAAUCAUGCUCUUAGUACAUAUUUAAGGAUUUUGAUAAGUAUUUGGAAUCUACAAAUCCUGACAUUUUAAAUCAUUUGCAUAAGAAUUUAAUUGAUACUUGUACAUCGAAUUUCAAAUAGACAGGCGAAAACUAUGCUAAAAUCCAAUAAUAAUAUUAAGUAGCGUUGUCGAAUUUGAUUGAGAAAUAAGAUAUGAUAGACUUUUAGACUGCAAUAGCCAAUCUCAAGUUGUUAGGUUUGAUAGAAGACACAAAACGGGUGAAGCCGACGAUAUAAAGGGCUGUCUAUGCCAAAUAAAUGUAUAUUAACUAUAACAAUGAAUUUUGA